AUGUUGGAUCAUCAAAUAACCGGUGUUCAUUAUGCAUGCUCUGCAUCGGAUUUACUAGAUGGUAACUGCCAACAGAGAAUUACAAAAUCUGGUGCGACUGUAAGGGUAUGCUCAUGUUCUAAUGCAGAUUUCUGCAAUCAAGAUCAGUGGUCUACAGUUAAAGAUAAGUCAGCAAUCGAAACAGAUUCUAAGGGAACUCAGCUACCAGACGAUACUCCUGCAUCUAAACAACAGUCACUGCCACUAACAACUUCUUUAUACUUAAUUGCUGUUGCAUCAUUAGUAAUUUUGUUUGUUUAG